UGCUGGCGUUGCCUGCAAACUUGUUUGUUUCCUCCCUCCCCACUAGUCCUCCUGUGUUGCUGGCGGCUGGUGGCGCGAGAGGCGAAGAUCGCUCGGUUAGCAGUUGCGGGGGGGCUCGUGCAUGAGAUACCGAAGCAGUUGCACGGUUGGUAGGUGGGGCACCCCCGAGGCGGCGACCAGUUACCUCUCCAAUUACGCUGGCAGUCCACGACUCCCCGCAUUGUCUCUCCGCGCGCCGUGCUGUGCUCGUUCUGCGUUAUGUGCCCCUAAUGAGCGCCUCCUGCCUGCCACCGAUGGUGUGUGAAGUACACAACGGCCAUGCGCGGUCAUGGUGAUUAGAUAACGGACUUCGGCCGGCAGUGGUGCUUGCUGGCGGCCUACCCCCGGAGCUUCAAGUCUUUACCCGCGGAGUGUGCUUCGACCGGUGUCAGUCGGGAAAGUCCUGCGUAAGUGCUUGAGGCGGUGGGUUCCUACUGUGCGUCGUCGCGACUCAACAGCAUGCCGCUCUUUGGCAAGAAGAAACGAGACUCGGAUUCCCUGUCCCCUGACGGCGACGCCGAUGCCAACGGCGCCGCACCUGGAGGAUCGCCGACGGCGAACGGCAGCGGAGGCGUGCACCCUGCUUCCUCGCCUGCUGGUUCUACAACCGACGGUCUGUCCAAGAGCCUGCCCAAACCAAAGCUGGUGUUCCACUGCCAGCAAGCGCAGGGCAGCCCGACCGGCAUAAUCUCCGGCUUCUCCAACAUCAAGGAGCUCUACCUGAAAAUCGCCGAGUGUUACGACUUCCCUGCUUCGGACAUCCUGUUCUGCACACUCAACACGCACAAGGUGGACAUGAGCCGUCUUCUAGGUGGCCAAAUUGGGCUGGACGAUUUCAUCUUUGUGCACCGUCGAGGCCAGCCAAAGGAAGUUGAGGUGCUCAAGGGGGAAGAUUCUUUGGGUCUCACCAUAACUGACAAUGGGGCAGGCCUGGCGUUCAUCAAGCGAAUCAAGGAGGGCUCCCUCAUGGACCGCAUUGGGUUUGUGCAGGUUGGUGACCACAUAGAGCGCAUCGAUGACAGAAGCAUGGUCAACUGCCGCCAUUAUGAGGUAGCAAAAGCGCUCAAGGAGAUAAAGAAGGGCUCCACAUUCACACUUCGCCUCGUUGAACCUCUCAAGGCUGGUUUUUCCCACAUAGGGCCUCGGAGUGGAGCAACGGCUGGUCAGGCGAAAAACAAAGGGGCCCUUGGGUCUGGCAAGGAGACCCUGCGGUUGCGUUCCAAGGGUCCUGCCACUGUGGAGAAAGCUCCUGACAAUGUGAUCCAGGCAGCAGUGGACAAGAUUAAUGCCCUUCUUGAGUCUUACAUGGGUAUCAACGACUCUGAACUGGCUACUCAAAUCUGGGAACUUGGUUGCGAGAGGCCCAACCCACAUGAAUUUGUGACUGCGGUGGCCGAUUCUGACCUGGAUGCGUUCGGUUUCACUGAAGACUUCCUCUUUGACAUCUGGGGUGCAAUCGGAGAUGCACGGGCUGGCCGACUGCCACCCAAGGACCACACGGCUCGUACUGACCUCUGAGCAGUGACCUUGUGAACAGUCAUUUUUUUUUUUCUUUUUGAGGGAAGGGGGUGGAAUGUAUGUCCCUUCUUGGGAACCUGUGGAGGUUAUUCAAACAGCAGGUCCCAGUUCAGUGCACGAGUGAGUUAACCAAUUAUGACUGCUGCUGGAGUGAACUGGUCAGCUGCUUUCUGCAUCAGUCUGUGAAGUCACCAUGGAAAAUGUCUGCAUCAUGCAUCGGCAGUCAAACGGAAGCCCUCCCUUCCUCCUUUGAGGGUUUAUGGGAUGCAAGUGUCUUCUUUAGCAGACACUGUGGAUCUGUGUAGCCUGAUUUCCAUGCAGAGCUGCAUGGUGGCUUCUCUUCAUUCCCCGGCUGGUUUGUUCUGAUACGCUGGUCCAGUGCUAACCACCACUGUGAUUUUUAUUUUCAGGUUCUUCUGUAGGCAUAAAGUUCCUUUCACUUCCCAAUCAUGACAUUCCAAGCAUUGUGGUUGUGCAGAUUAAUUGGUGCUGCGUGGUGUUGCUAAUAUAGUAUGAGCUUUUCAGAGCACUUGUGUGAUUAGAAGCUCUAGAAUCGACAUCCAAUUACAGUUCUCACAUUAGAGUGACGAGGACUAGGUUUUUGAAGGUUUGAGACAUUUUUUUAAAAAAUAUAUACAUACAGGUGAACAUGUACAAACACUUCCCAGUUCAAUUUUGAAGGAAGAUUUGCAGUCUUGAGGACUUACCUAGCUUCUAGACAUAACAAACUGAAAGGAAGACCUUGUUCAUCUACUUAGCAUGUUCACUUGACUGACCAUUACUAAGAAAACCAACAUGGCAGGUUAUGCAAUCACACAGUUAUCUGAAACAGCUCUGCCUUAUACAUCUAUGAACAAUAUACAGCCUAUAUUUUCUGGCAGUUUACCUGCUUUGACACUCUAGAAUUGUGUGUGCACAAAAUGCCUUUCACUCGCAUCUGGAUAAACAUUACAUUUUAUGAGCACACUCCAGGUGCUUCCAGUCCAUCAUACUGAAACUCCUACUGAAGUGACAUUCCAACGGCACUUUUGAAAUCUUUACACUUAUUUGUUGUCUUUUUGUAGUGCUUUUUGCAACACGACUUUGUACAUUAAAUAUUCCUUCGCUUGCUCCCCUAUCUACUGAAGUGUUGCAGUUGUGCCUGGAGUGAGUGAGUGAGUGAGUGUAGUAGCUUGAUUAAAUCAAGUGAAUAAAGCGAGUGUCCUGGCUCCAGGGACAGCGACGCUUCUAAAUCUACGUGCAAGGCAUUCAGCCUAAAUGCAUGCACAUGCUACGAUCCAUCCUAAUCCAACAACCUGCAACAUGUGCACUAUUGCAUAUUUUUGCAUGGCACAAAUAUAUUGACCAACAGGGACAACGAACAUGAAAAUUAAAGUAUUCCUACCAAAUUUUUUAUCAGCACUUCAACACUAUGUGCUCAUGUCUUUUACUUUAGAGUGCCUUAACUUUGUUAGAUACAUGCAAAGCUCUUUUUAUCUUUUGCUUAAGCCAUUACAAAUGUAUAUUCCACACACACCUGACUCACUGUACUGUGCUUUGGCACUGUCAUACUAUGCAAUGUAAGAUAGAUCCCUGUGUACAUUUCACAGGCAUCUGCUGUCAUAUUUGAUAACUUGCAAAGGUCACUGGCAUUCAAGAAAAGAGAUGCCAAAUUAAAUGUUCUGUCAAAGUAUACAAAUUGCACAGGGUGCUGUGCAAGGCAGCUAUUUUCAGCAUUCAAAUUAAUCAAUUUAUUUCAAUGAGGAUGCUAUCACAAUAUUGGCAAAAAAAAAAAAACAUCCCUUGCAAGCACGCCAAUAAUGCCUGAGAGCUGGCCUCUACAAAUGAGGAAAAACAUGGUAGAAACAAUCAUGCAUGUAACUGAAAAGCAGAAAGCUUGCAUUCACUGUAUGAACAGAAAACUGUGCUUAAUUCAAAACAGAGGAUGGUGUCAAACUACACACAAGUUUGGCAAAGGAAGUAGUUACUCGGGCUAGGUGGUUCCAAAUAGAACAUAGUAAUGAGCAAGAAUGUCAAAUUUCCACUGAACUGAAUACUUUUGAGUGGUCUCAAACCUAUCGAUGGCUGUCUAGUAGACCAUUUCUCGCACUGAUACUUGUCUCGCAAUUGUUCUUGCAGACAUCCACUAGUCAGACAUGGUUCUUUCUCUAAAUGUGCUAGACAAGGAAUGAAGACGGUAGCCAUUUAUACUGUGACCUUGUCUCUGAAUAAACCAUUUUAUUUUUCAA